CUCUUUUCCUCUGGGGAUUUUCUCUUCAGGUUUUCUUUUUCCUUUUUUCAGGCAGCGGAGUGAUUGCAUGCAGGAGGACAGAGGGUUUGAGUCGUGCGCUGUCAGAGGGGAAGACUGGAGUUGUUGUCUCUCUCUACCAUUCUCUCUCUGUUUCUCGCUCUGGUCUGCGUCUUCAGCCUGCUCCGUCAGAAUAACAUUAAGGCACACAGACACACCUGGGAAGUCUUUGGACACCGUGAACAGAAGGAGAGCGGCUUCUGUUUCCUUUAGCAGACAACCUCUUCACUCCUAAUUCCUAGAAUGGACAAAGGCCAUCAAACCAUGUCAAUGGAAACCCAAUAUGGCUGAGGUGGUAUUCAGGAUUGUGAUGCAUACUUGCCAUGGGACAUUGAACAUCUAUUUCAAUUUUCUCAUCCUCUCUUUUUCCAAGGAAAUAUCUGUCUGCGUGUGACUGUUGUCUCCUCUCUGGUGACCAGAGUGAUCUGAGAUUAGCGUCAACAACAGCCAGGGAACACCACACACAGAGUCUGCAUCUUUGUCUCUCUGUUCCUGACCUCAACCAAAGACCACAAACCAAUCACUGGCUGUUCUGUUUGGUGUGGAAGGGCAUCCAGUGCACAUUAGGUACUGCUCCUCUGCAACAUUAACAAGAUGAAGAACUUUAAGCGACGUUUCUCUCUGUCCGUCCCUCGCACCGAAACCAUAGAGGAGAACGAGUUCACCGAGCAAAUCAACCAGCUCAACAUCCAACACACUCAGGCACUGACUCCAGACAGCCUGACCCUGCCGUCGCUGCACCCUGAGGCCAGUCCCAGUCCAGUGAGCCCUGAGCCAGCCACGCCCGGAGCACAGUCCCCCUCCCAGCUCCAGUACCGCAGCAAAGCACCCCACCGACACUUCUCUAUGGUGGAUGUGAGUAAGCGUAUGUCUCUGCCCAUGGACAUCAGCCUGCCUCCAGAGAUCCUCAAAAAGCUGCAGAUGCAGAGAGAAAUGGAGAAUGAGAACAACUCUCCUCCCUGCAAACCCCUCAGCCGCAUGUCCCGACGGGCUUCACUGUCUGACAUUGGCUUUGGAAAGCUGGAGACGUACGUGAAACUGGGAAAACUGGGAGAGGGGACAUAUGCCACGGUGUUUAAGGGGCGGAGCAAACUGACGGAAAACCUGGUGGCGCUGAAAGAGAUUAGGUUAGAGCACGAGGAGGGAGCGCCCUGUACAGCUAUCAGGGAAGUGUCUCUACUGAAGAACCUAAAACAUGCCAACAUUGUCACGCUGCAUGACAUCAUACACACAGAACGCUCCCUCACUCUAGUCUUUGAGUACCUGGACAGUGAUCUGAAACAGUACCUGGAGAACUGUGGAAACCUCAUGUGCAUGAACAAUGUCAAGAUCUUUAUGUUCCAGUUGUUACGUGGUCUGUCCUACUGCCAUAAGAGGAAGAUCCUUCACAGAGACCUCAAACCUCAGAACCUGCUCAUCAAUGACAAGGGAGAGCUCAAACUAGCAGACUUCGGUCUGGCCCGGGCCAAGUCUGUGCCAACUAAGACCUACUCCAACGAGGUGGUGACUCUAUGGUACCGCCCCCCUGAAGUACUGCUGGGUACCACAGAGUACUCUACACCCAUCGACAUGUGGGGCGUGGGAUGUAUUCUAUUUGAGAUGGCGACGGGUCGUCCCAUGUUCCCCGGCUCCACAGUGAAGGAGGAGCUGCACUUAGUCUUCAGACUCAUUGGUACACCAACCGAGGACAGCUGGCCAGGUAUCUCCAAUAAUGAUGAGUUCAGAUCCUACAUGUUCUCCCAGUACAGACCUCAACCACUCAUCAACCACGUGCCCAGGCUGGAUAGUGAGGGGAUUGACAUGCUUACUGCUCUACUCCUGUAUGACACUAGGACCAGAGUCUCGGCUGAAGCAUCUCUUAGACACCCCUACUUCCUCAGCCUGGGAGAGAACAUCCACAGCCUCGUAGACACCUCCUCAGUGUUUUCCCUCAGAGAGAUUCAACUGCAGAAAGACCCAGGCCACCGCAGCUCAGUGUUCCAGCCUCCAGGUCGAGGAAAGAACAGAAGACAGAGCAUAUUCUAAAGGAUGACCAGCCAGAGGGGUGCAGACCGGGAGAGUCUAUUCUAAGAAAGCCUCAAGGAGGAAUCGGAUUUGAAGACAAACACACACCAAUCCCCCCCAUACAAACACAAUACAAACAUGGAGGUCAUAUCCAGAGCCCUAUACUACGAAUGUAGUUUGAGGAGUUAGCGAGGUCUCCUCUGAGUUCAACUUGGGUAACUGGUACCACGAAAGUGUCUCACCUUUUAGCCAGGUACAUUUUUAUGUCAACUAACCCUUCAGAUCUAACCUGCUCUGUGCCAGUCUAACUAAAUGACAUUUAAGUGUCUGAGCCACGAGUUAAGGACCAAUGAAAUCAGAUUCCCUCUCCCUCAAAGAUUGCAUCAUCCACAUCAUUUGAGGAAGACAACUGAUUAAAUAUUUUAUUAGUCAAAUGUUUGCGUGUAAAAAAUCCUAAUGUUAAAAUACCUAUCACAUUUUAUUAAUGACAAAUGCAUUUGAAACAUCACACACAGUAAAAAUGUUGUAUGACUUUAUAAAAGUAUUUUAUUGAUGGAGUGGGGAGAAAAUGUGCUCAUGCAUUGAUAACCACACCAAAGAAAGAAAUCAAAACGUCACUUCUGAAAGUCGAUUUCAAAUAAUAUCCUGCUGAAUUUUGAUUUUGGCACAAAUGAAAAUGUGGCACUGACUUGCCCAUGAAUUGACGUUUCAACAUUGUCUCAAUGAAGAGUUUGGGGUUCGACUAGUCACAUGCACGCACAGUUACAAACCUGCUAGGGUUUAGCGGCAGGCGGACGAGCAAUAUCCACCGUUGUAGAACGGUUGAAGCCCGAGCUGGAAUUGGAAGCUAGCUUCAAAAAACACUGAGUAGAUAGAUCUAGUUUGCAUCAUAGUAUACCCCUCUGGUCAACCUCAAAGGUCUUUCCUGGUUAAAUAAAAGUUAGAUGAACAAACAUAUCUGAUCCCCUCACGCUCCCGACAACAGAGAAUGGAUACAGACAGGGUUUCUGAGAAUGAGCUUGCACUGCACCUCAAAAGGUUUGGAGAUUAGGUCCCUCACUCCAUACAGAUCCUAUUAAAUUGCUAAAAGGAGCUAUGUCAUAAACCCUCAAAGUUCCAGAAUGGGAUGAUAAUGGCAGCUAUUUUGGUCAGGGAGAAAUCCAAAACAGUCUAAUUGGAAUGAAUGGCAGUAGAGGCAUAAUCUUGAUUUUACUUAUGCAAGAAAAUAAAAGACGUGGUUUAGCAGAAAUUGUGUAAAACAUUGUCAUAUAAUUAUACCGUUUAUGGGGAUUUUUAAAAAACCAUUUCUCUAUAAAUAGCCUAUAGAAUGAAUAUAUAUUAUAUAAACAGACAAUAAAUGUCUAAAUUAUUGAUUCCUUCAAAAGCUAUAUGUGUUAUGAUACAAAAUCAGUACUUGUUGCAUUUGCAACUUGUCAGGGUAUGGCUAUUGAUUGACAGCAUUGUUUGUAUGGAAUGUUGGCAUAUUGGCAGUUAAUUUGACAAAAUAUUGGAAUCAUUCCACUUAAAAUGGUUGGCUAGUUAGAUAAACAUACUGUGCAGAUAAUCUUCAAAUUCAUUGUUUUACACUAUCUUAUCACAGAACUGGCUUAUCAACUCCCUUGCCAAAAUGGCUGACCUUUUAUACCAUCAUAAGAAGGUUAAUUUCCAUUCUCUGAUGCGCAGUCGGGCAUCAACCAUAAAAUGAAUGUUCAAAACAAUAGUGACGAAAUGUGCAACCCAUGAAUAUUAGCAUUCUACUGUCAUGUUAGUAACACUGGAUUCCCACUGCUGAUUCUGGGGACUGACCAGGAACUCUCUCCCAUUCUCCUACUCAGUAACCUCCCCUCAGCCCCAUGCAGACAUCCAAGCCAACCAAUCACUCUGCAUGUUUCACUGACCUCUUCUCUUUUCGCAAUUUCUACUUCUCCCUUUCCAUUCCUUCUGUCCAUGCCUACCGUGAAUCUGCUAAAAGCUGUCUGCCCAGCACUUUCACAUCUGAUGAAGUAAAGGAGACAAGGAAAAGAAGCCACUUUAGACUAAUGAGAUGCAGUUAGCUUUACCGCACAUGGGAGAAGAAGCCAAUACUCUUAUAGAGCUACCUUUCCAUGUGUCCUUUGCUUUCUCACCCCCAAACUGAAAGAAUUGAAGAGGUGAAAGCAAUAUGGUGGACACUGUCAGUGGUCAUGAAGGAAAGAAGGUGAGAGUGAAGCCAUGUAAAAUCGUUGGGAUCCACUGGGAGAGAUGGUGAUGUGUGUUACACUUUAAAACUUCCCCUCUCUUUUAGCAACCCAUGAGGCAGAAGUAUUAUUGUAUGUGUUUUGUGGUAAAUUAAGAUAUUUUAAGUACUGUAAUGAAAGGAAAUAUGUAUUUUAACAGAUGUUUUCAUGUUCUUUCUCAGUGAAUUUUAUGCCAGAUGAAACAAGAGAGGACUCUAUUAAAUGACUGUAGAUGUCUAAAUGUUUUAUAAAAGACAAGUAUAUUAAGAUUUUGUAUGAAAUGUGAUAUUCUUGUGUGAUUUGUUUACUGCGCUAUCAUUAAAACCAGAAACUGAAUGUAUUGUGACCGCCAAGAAGCCAAAAGUGAUCGAAUAAGAAAUAACAAAUAAAUGAAUACAUUAUAUCUCUCUGUA